CGGCUGCCUGCGGCGUCCGCUGCGGCGGCGGGGCCGGGGGUCGGCAGGGCCGGGCCGAAGCGCGCAGAGCCGCGCAGGGCGCCCGUCGCCAUGGCAGCGCCUGCUCCGGCGAGAGUGAACCUCAUGCCCUGAAUCUCCAAGGGAACCUUUGAAAAGGAUCUUCCCCUCCCUGCCAUCUCCUUAUUGUUUGCCAGCUCUGCCCUGCACUGUGCAGGGAAACUUGAAAAAGCAGGCUGAGCCUUGAAGGACAGCAAAAAGGACAAUGUAGUGAGGGAUGCUGUGAGAUCUUCUAUAGGGAACCCUCUAACUCUUGGUCCUUGCCCUCCACUCCCUGCUGAUAGCAGUCUGACAGCCUAGUCAGGAACCUUAUCAGGCCACAAGCGUGGCAUUAGGUGGGAGGAAGUCUACACAUGGUGUAUGCGACACCCUCACUAUUUCCACUGGACCUUUGUCCUGCCUCCCAUCUUCUCUGGAACUCUUGGCUAGCUCCUCAUUCACUGGGGUGCUGGGCAGCAGGCACCUGCUACUGCCAAACUGUUUGGAGUCCCCAGCAGUCUCUGUGUGCGUGCAGCCUUCAGCAGUCUCAGGAGAAGGUGGCCUUGAGACAGAAGGCACCUGGUGGGCACGUGAAGUAAGGAGAACUUUUUCUUUGGAGGAAGAGUGGAAGGAGGACGAUGAAAUAGAUGGGGAGGAAAAAAGAAAGUAAGGCCAAGCAAUUGAGGGAAAAAGCACUGGCAAGCGUUGAUGAGAAAGAGAGAGAAAGAAGGUGGAAGAAAGAAAGAGAACAAGGGAAAAAACAGGUGAAAAAAUUAGAGCAAGGGAAAGCAAUAUAAGCAAACAGAGGGCAAAGGAAGGACUGAAAGUGAGACGGAGUUGAUGGCUGUUCCACAUAGCACCUGGUGGCAGUGCCUUGAGGAACCCCUCCAGUGCAUACACCUAACAUUGCAGCAGCAGCAGUAGAUGAGGAGGGACGUGGCUCCCCCACUGUGGAGUCUCACUUGCCCUCUUACAAAACCCCAGCGGCAGGGACAGGGUCCAGCCUAGCAGGGGUGGCAGCAUGGGGGACUCUGAAUCAGAGUCCACCUUGCACAACAACUCACUCUGGUGGCUGGCAUGUGGGAUGUUAGCCCUCUUGGCCAAUUCUUGGAUUAUCCUCAGCAUCACAGCCAAACAACAGAAACACAAGCCGCUGGAGCUGCUGCUAUGCUUCCUAGCUGGGACCCAUAUCCUCAUGGCAGCAGUACCCCUCACCACUUACGCUGUGGUGCAGCUGCGGCGUGAGUCCUCUGACUAUGACUGGAACGAAAGCAUCUGCAAGGUCUUUGUCUCUACAUACUACACCUUGGCUCUGGCCACCUGCUUCACCGUGGCCUCCCUUUCCUACCACCGGAUGUGGAUGGUGAGGUGGCCGGUCAACUACCGGCUGAGCAAUGCCAAGAAGCAGGCCCUGCAUGCCGUCAUGGGCAUCUGGAUGGUGUCGUUCAUCCUCUCCACCCUGCCCUCCAUUGGUUGGCACAACAAUGGCGAGCGCUACUAUGCCCGUGGCUGCCAGUUCAUUGUCAGCAAGAUAGGGCUGGGCUUCGGUGUCUGCUUCAGCCUUCUCCUGCUUGGAGGAAUCGUCAUGGGCUUGGUCUGUGUGGGUAUCACUUUCUACCAGACUCUAUGGGCACACAGGAGACGCCGGCGGUGCCACCAUCAGAGAGCAGAAGAAACGUCAUCCUGCUCUUCAUCAGCACACACCACUUUCAAUGUGCCAGCCAUUGUAGUGGAGGAUGUACGGGGCAAAAGGAGGUCCUCACUGGAUGGCUCUGAGUCAGCCAAGACCUCCUUGCAGAUGACCAACCUCAUCAGCGCUAUUGUCUUCCUGUAUGACACACUCACUGGGGUGCCUAUCCUGGUCGUGAGCUUUUUUAGCCUGCGCUAUGAUACGGCCCCUACCUGGAUGGUCCUGGCUGUGCUCUGGUGCUCCAUGGUGCAGACUCUGCUGCUCCCCUCCUUCAUCUGGUCCUGUGAGCGCUACCGAGCAGAUCUCCGCACUGUGUGGGAGCAGUGUGUGGCUAUCAUGUCUGAGGAAGAUGGAGAUGAUGAUGGUGCCUGUGAUGACUACGGUGAUGGCAGGAUCUGCAAAGUGAGAUUUGAUUCAAAUGGUGCUGCAGCUGUAAAGCGGGACUCCCAGAACAUCAAGCUGCUACCCAUGCACCACAUGUUGUUGCCCCAGGAAAAAGUGCACUACCUGCAGGUCCCUAUCUCCCGGAGAAUGUCACAUGAUGAGACUAACAUCUUCUCUGCCCACCGCUCUGCUCCGUCCUUCCUACACAAGUGGUCUUCAUCUGAUGACAUCCGCAUUUGUGGCCCCCACAAGCCUGGAGGCCCCGGCUUCUUGCCUCCUCAACUGCAUGACUACCGCCGGCGGCCCUCAGAAGAUGAGCUGACGACCCUACGGCAGUUUUUGGAGGCGGGGCUGAUACCCGGGGGCUCCAGCCCCUGCUUCUUCCGAGAUGAGAUCACCACGUUCAUUGAUGAGACUCCACAACCCACCCCAGCCUGCAGCCCACGGCAUUCCCGUCUUCUGCUCGCAUCGCGCCGCGACCGUCGCCUCUCCCUCGGCAGCAGAGAGGAGGAGAACACCGACCGGCCUCGGCGCUGCUCCUUGUCUGGCAACGAAGCCUGGCAGCUGCAGGGCGGAGAGAGGGUGCCACCUGAAAGGACCCUUGAGGCCUGUGAGGCACAAGCCUUCCAGGAUCCCAAACUAUGAGAGACAGCAUCAAAAACAUUCAGUGCCAUCAUGAUUUUUAAAUAAUACUUCAAGUGUUCCCUUUGUCCUGGGACCCGAUCGCUAAUUUGCAUUCUCAUCUUUCUCAAUAGCAGGCCAGAAACACAGCUCCCCAGGCUGGUGGGGGAAAAAGAAAUGCGACAGACUUGCAGAAGGGACCUCGAUGGACAGAUGGACAGCCUGUGCCUGCUCUCAGGUUACAAAAACACCCACCACUGCCGCUGCCACCGCCACCUUGGCACCCUCGCCAGUCCUGUCCCUUUGUGAACUCCACCCUCGCAUCCACUCUGCCCUAAGAGACAAGGCAGAUGCAGAAUGGUAUUAAAAUUCUAUAUUUGGAGUGU